GUUUUACAGAUGAGGGGAAGGGACUUGGACCUUGGGCACUGUGGACGCUGAGUCCGCUUCUCUGUCCGUUGUCCAGUUCUGCCUCUUACAGACAUCAUGCGUGUUAGCACUGGUCUCCUGUUUGAACUGGCGCAAGUGCUGAUAGGUGAUCUUCAGCUUUGCAAACUUGAUGAACUAGACUGCUUAAUUAAAGGAAUUUUAUACAUUGAUUCUGUUGGAUUCAACGGACGGUCACAGUGCUAUUACUUUGAAAACCCAGCUGAUUCUGUAAAAUGUCAGAAGUUACCCUUUGAUCUGAAAAAUCCAUACCCUCUUCUUCUGGUGAACAUCGGCUCUGGGGUUAGCAUCUUGGCAGUAUAUUCCAAAGAUAAUUAUAAGCGUGUUACUGGUACCAGUCUUGGGGGAGGAACCUUUUUUGGUCUUUGCUGUCUUCUGACUGGCUGCACCACUUUUGAAGAGGCUCUUGAAAUGGCAUCUCGUGGAGAUAGUACCAAGGUGGAUAAACUCGUACGAGACAUUUAUGGAGGGGACUACGAGAGAUUUUCAUUGCCAGGCUGGGCUGUAGCCUCUAGUUUUGGAAACAUGAUGAGCAAGGAGAAAAGAGAGGCCGUCAGCAAAGAGGACCUGGCCAGAGCAACUUUAAUCACCAUCACCAACAAUAUUGGCUCAAUAGCACGAAUGUGUGCUCUUAACGAGAACAUUAACCAGGUGGUAUUUGUUGGAAAUUUUUUGCGAAUUAACACCAUCUCCAUGAGACUUCUUGCGUAUGCUUUGGAUUAUUGGUCCAAGGGGCAGUUGAAAGCACUUUUUUCAGAGCAUGAGGGUUAUUUUGGAGCCGUGGGCGCUCUCCUAGAGCUUCUGAAAUUACCCUGAUCUCUUGUCUGAAAUUACUACCAGAGCCUCCACAACCACAACGGAAUAUGCAGACUUUUUUCCCUUUAAAAAAAAAAAAGAUGUAUUCCAGUGGAUUUUGUUAUAAUAGCGUAUGACCUGAAUCAAAGUGCAAGAAAGGACAGAAGUAUUUUUUUAAGUUGUGAAGAGAAAUCUUGAGUUAUGCCAAGAGAAACCUCUAAAAGAAAUGUCUGUAGAGGGGUGGACUCUGCCCAUUCAUUGAGUAUCCCCAGUUUAAAUUCAUUCAGUAAAGCCACGUUAAACUUGCAGUGUGGGAGAUAGUGUCACUUAACGAAGCCUCUUCAGGGAAGCUGGUUUGUCUUCAGCGGGCAGCCGUUCAGUGUCUCAUCCAGCAUGUUAAAUGUCAGUCACCUUGUCUGCAUUCUAAUUUAAUCACAACUUUUGUAUAGAUGCUCAUGGGAGUCUUUUCUCUCCAUGUUAUUACUGAAAUGUUGGUUUUCAGGCUUUUGUGUUGAUGAGAAUGUCAAGGCGUAACUAUGAUGUGUGUGCAUGUGUCUUUUUUUAAAAGUGUUUUAUUCUGAAAGGUUCUGUAUAGUCAAUCCUGGGGGUUUAAUGACUAUUUUACUCAACUUUAAAAACUAGUAUGUAUUAAAAAGGCAGUUUGUCAGAUUACAUUAUAAUUUCUUAAUCUUGGGCUAAAAUAUUUUUUGAACGCAUUCCUCUUUUAGAGUGGCACUGUUUCCUUCCCUUUUUAUGGAUUAGAUUAUUGAAACACUCUCUCAGUCACUUGUAUGCAUUUGUGUAGUAUGUAUAGUUUGUAUGUUAAUGAACUAAUGGAUAAAGCCAAGUCUAAUGUGGGCUAAUAAAAUCGACAGGUUGUCAAGAGGUGGGCACUUGGCGACUACUUCAGAUUCAGUAGAAAAUUAACUGGAGGCUUUAUUUGAAUUUCACCAAAAGCAAAUCUAACCUCAGAGAAAUAUUUUUUGUAAGCUGUGAAAAUAUAUACUUUGCUGUUCUUUGGAGAAUAAUCAGAAGAAAAAUUAUUUUGGAGUCUGGCAGAGGAAAAAAAAUAUUAAAUCGUACUUGAAUUUGCAACUUUAUAUUAAGGCUUGGUGGGUCUAAACAAGUUAAUUAGUUCAAACACUGAAUUAACUGAAAUUGAAGGAUCACAUUCCCCUCCACCCCCCACCCCAAAAUAAAGCAAAACCACAUUUAACACCUCUGCGUAAGAGGCAAUGACCACUUGUGCCCUUUAUUAGCCUAGGACCAGCAGGGCAUUGAUGGGUUCCUUCUAACCACAAAGUGCUGUCCUCACUCAGGUUCCCGUUCCUCUAGUCUGUCUUGUCAGACUCCGUGCAUGGCAUUUUCUCCCUCCCCCGUUGAGGAAAAUCUUUCUAAAGGAAGGUGUUUGGGCACUAGUAGGAAGCCAGGUAAGUCAGAUUGGGGAGUUCUUUUAUAUGAAUGAAGGGAAAUGUUCCAUCUUAGUCCCUUAUAAAAUUUGAGUCCAAGACUGAUCUUCCUAGAAUUGACAGACAUGUGAGUGGGACCUUGGCUUUAGUUCAUUGAUGCUGGUGCUGUAAUAAUGCAUCAACUGCAAAAGGGCUCAGGCUGAGGAAGUUUUGGCCCUCAAUUUAGGUUGCAAAGGACUUUGAGCAAAUAUUCCUGACUAGGAAUUUUUUUAGCUUUUCUUAAUGAGUCAUUCACUAUUCCUUCCUUUCCCUGUCCCCUAUAGGACUUCCCCAAGCGCUGGGUUUAACUUUGUUUUUUGAGGUCCUGGAUUAAAAAGGAACAAAGAUCUGCUCUCUGCUUGUAUUUGAAUGGAUAACAAUCUAUUAACUCUUAACCUAACCUCUUGUAGUUAGCUUUUAGUCUGGUGUCUCAUCAAAUAGCAUGGCCACUAUGUUGUUACCAAGUACUAUUCUGGAAUACUAGAGAGAGAGACAAUAUACAAUGCUAUUGAUCAAUUUGAUUCUUAUCCUUGAGCUUCCUCAACAGUGUGCUGAAACAGCCCACUCCCUUUUCCCGAGAACUUAGUCUCUAGAAACCCAAGUUGGGAUUUCCUGGUGCUACAUCUGUGCUAGUCUCAGCAAUUGUCCCAUUUAGCACCAACUUCUAAGAGAGUUUCAUUUGCAAACCCAUUUUUCCUGGCCUCUUCAGAAAUUUUUAUCUAUCUAUCUAUAUUUGUUUAUUUAUUGAAACUUUUAAAGAUCAACAGAAGUAGUGAUGCCUUGUCAUGGAAGUGGUUAAAGGGAGCGAGCAGUGAUCAGAAAACUUUGGAGCUAUUGGAAAUUUUUUUGCCAUUUGCAUUAGAUUAGGACAUACACAGAAAAAGACUCCAGAGAAUGGCUUGCAAUCUUUUAAUUGACCAUGCACCUCAGGGAACAUGCCUUAUUUUCUUCUGCCCGUUCAUCUUCUUGUUGCCCAUGUAAAUUCUUUAGUAGUUUGGCCUGGUGCGAUUAUGUAUUUUACUCAGACCACAGCAGUUCUGAGCAAGGAUCACAAAGCCUGAGCCUGCCCUCACCAUCUCCUCUUACCCUUUGUUUCUCUCUCUGCUUCAUUGGUGUUUGUAGACCUGUAUACACACAGCCUUGGAAUAUUGAGAAGUUUUGGAGAGGGCCAAGAAUUUGGCCUCUUUAUUUUGAACAUUUAAUUUAUGUAUGCAUGAUGUAUUAAAAUUUUUUUUGUAAAGCAGCUUUUAAAAUUU